UUCAUACAAAUCGGUUGCUAAAUUAAUGCAACAAAACUGAGUAAAAUAAUCCGUUAAAUAUGUGUAUGUGGCUGCUAGGGAUUUUGAUCCUUCCAUAUGUGUCCGGUAUCAACGGCAAUGGCAUAUACUCGGUUAUGGUUCCUGACACAAUAAGAUCGCACAUGACCUUUAACGUGGGUGUUUCCCUGCACAGUGCCAGUGGAGAUUGUAAUAUCGUUGCCACUCUUAGUGGCCCCUCGUAUCAAAAGACCGAGAGGAUUCAAAUCGAGCCCAUGACUACAAAGGCCAUUCCUUUCAAAGUGGAUCAACUGCCUGAAGGUGAUUAUCAGCUCACCGUAGAAGGGUCAGGUAGUGUCGAGUUCAAAAAGGUUGCGAAGCUUAAAACCGUCGUCGAGAAGCCCUCGAUCUAUGUCCAGACAGAUAAGGCUACCUACAAGCCGGAAGAUCUCGUUCAGUUCCGAGUACUAUUUUUAGAUAGAUAUAUGAAAGCCACCACAAUCCAAAAACCCAUUACCAUAUCCAUCGCCGAUGGAGCUCAAAACCGUAUCCAACAAUGGACCGACAUCACACCAGUUAAUGGAGUAUUCUCGGGAGAGCUUCCGCUCUCUGAUCAGCCUGUACUGGGCACCUGGCAGCUUACUGUCUCGAUUCAGAACGAAACCUUGGAGAAGAAAUCCUUCGAGGUAGACAAAUACGUGCUGCCCAAGUUUCAAGUGAUUGUCAAGACAGAAGAGAACAUAUUGGCUACCGCUGGAAAUAUCAAAGCAUCAAUCACAGCAAAAUAUACAUUCGGCAAGGGGGUCAAGGGAAUGGCCACCAUAUCCAUCGAAGGGAGCUCCCAGGCACAUACUAUCGACAUUAACGGCAAAGUCAGUUUUAAGAUUCCAUUCGUCGCCAGUAUGAAAUCACCCUUGAAGGUCGUGGCAGUGGUCACCGAGGACCUCACUGACCUCAGUCAGAACGGGUCCGCUUAUGUAACCCUCCACCAGUACCGAUACCGACUGGAGUCUUACCAAUGGCCAACCAGUUUCAGGCCACAGCAGGAGCUUAACUUUCCCGUUGUGGUUAAGCAUUUAAAUGAUUCGGCCGUCACUGGCUUGAAUAAAAAUGUUAACUACACCGUCUCCUGUUGCGGUAUGCAACGCUUUACCGAAGCGCCGAUCAUAAACGGCAUAGCCACCGGAACGAAGUUAAUGCCCGACAUAAGAUGCAGUGUUUGCCACGUAAUUGCUACCUUAGAGAACUCAGCGAGACUUAACGAAUCAAUUUAUAAAGAACAAAAAUCUUUUCGUAUUGAGAUUAACAAUUUAAAACGGCCCAAGUUGAAUGAAAGACUACAAUUCAAUGUGGUGUCCGAAACACCUAUUACGAGGUUUUUGCUCACGAUCGUCGCCAGGGGUACUAUCGUAUCCAACUCCUACCUUUCAAUGAAAUCGAACCCGAGAUAUAGGACUGUAAAGAUGAGCGUUUUAUUCAGCAUGAUUCCGGAAGCCACGUUCUAUGUCUACAGCUUUGAGGGCGAGGAAAUGAGAAUGGAUAUGAAGACAGUCACUUUUGAGAAGGAUUUCGGCAACUCGAUCCAAAUAGCAGCGCCAGAUACCGUUCAACCCGGAGAAAAUGUUACAUUGACGGUAAAGACCCAACCCAAAUCCUUUGUGGGACUCCUUGGAGUGGAUCAAAGUGUUCGACUGCUCAGGGGAGGAAACGACCUGAGUCCGGAUAAAAUAUUUAGCGAUCUUGGCACUCACGGAACUUCUGGCCUUAUCAUUUUAACGAACGCUAACUUAAAAAGCGAUAUUAUCCAUGAGGACUGCCGGGAUGGAGAGUAUUGCCAUAACGGCUUUUCCACAAGUGAUAAAUUUAAAACAAGCAAAGGGGACAUCAUGAUUCCGGCUCGUUCUCCCUCAUCAACCUCAUCUGAAACAUCUAAUCCAACACCCCGAAAACACUUUCCGGAGACUUGGCUCUUCGAGAACAUAACCGAGAUGCAAGACGGUGUGGCAUAUCUAGAGCGAAAGAUUCCUGAUACCAUUACCUCCUGGAUGAUAACUGGAUUCUCCUUGAAUCCAGACACCGGUAUUGCCUUGACCAAAGAAGCUACGAAAAUUCGAGCAUUUAAGCCAUUUUUUGUAUCUACAAACCUGCCAUACUCUGUUAAGCGCGGAGAAAUCAUUGUCAUUCCAGUGAUAGUGUUUAACUACAUGGACGAGACAGCCAAAACGAAGGUAUCGAUGGACAACUCCGAUGAGGAGUACGACUUCGCCGAAGCUUCCAGUUCCAAUGCCCAGUCAAAUCUGAAGAGAGAGAAGCAAUUAAGGAUUGCACCCAACAGUGGCAAGAGUAUCACAUUCAUGAUUCGGCCCAAGAACGUGGGUUUGACCAUCCUCAAGAUCUCCGCCAUUUCACAAUUGGCCGGUGAUGCUAUUGAACAGCCCCUCAAGGUUGAGGCUGACGGCGUCACAAAGUACGUAAACCAACCGUUUUUGAUAAAUCUGGCUCGGGGAAGGAGUACUACAACAUCAGGUUGGGAAUUGGAAAAGGAGUUGAUAGUGGAUAUACCUAAGGACGCGGUGCCCGGCUCAGUGUACGCCAAUGUUGCAGUGGGUGGCGAUAUCCAAGCGCCUGUCAUAAAUGGUUUGGGCAAAAUGGUUAACAUGCCCUUUGGAUGCGGUGAACAGAACAUGAUUAAUUUCGUACCCAAUAUUCUGGUACUUCGGUAUCUUGACGCGACUGGCCGAUCGGAUCCACAACUGGCGGUAUUAGCUGGAAAAUAUCUAACAACCGGCUAUCAGCGAGAGCUGAAAUACAAGCACGCUAACGGCGCCUUCAGCACCUGGGGUAGUGGUGAGGGAAUCACCUGGCUAACAGCUUACGUAAUUCGUUCCUUUAUCUUGGCCAAGCCGUACACCUACGUAGAUCCUGGAGUCUUAAGGAACGGCCUUAAUUUCCUUGCUUCAAGGGCUUCGAAUACUGGCGCGUUCUUCGAACGAGGUCGCCUCGUGGACUUCAAGGCCUCAGACCCCCUUGCUCUAACUUCAUUUGUGUUGCUGACUUUCCUCGAGAACAAGGAUAUUGCGGAAUACAGUUAUGUGAUUAGCAAGGCCGUCAGAUAUGUGGCUAGUGAGGCGGGAAAGUCUCGUAACGAAUUUAGUUUGUCAAUCGCCGCUUUAGCACUACAAAUGAACAAACAUGAGAAGGGAGAAGUCAUUUUAAACAGGCUGGACUCCAUGGCCAUUCGACAGAACGGAAUGAUGUGGUGGUCAACCGGCGUCGAGACCACUGCCUACGUGUUGCUGGCCAUGUUGGAAAAUGGAAUGAGUCACAACCCAAAAUCCGUGGCAGAUUGGCUGAUUCAACAGCGAAACAGCAAUGGAGGAUUCGGUUCCUCCCAGGAUACGGUGGUGGCCCUGCACGCCCUCACCAAGUACUCAAUCUUGAUCAAAACGGAGAAACCAAAGAUGGUUAUUGAGGUGGCUGCACCAUCCAUGCCGCCAGCGAAAAUUGACGUAAAUCCUGAAAAUGCAUUACAUGUGCACAACUACCAGAUCCCAAAACAUAAAUAUAAGGCCAUGUUCAGGGCAGCUGGCCAAGGUGCAGCAAUGGGCCAGGUCUCGAUCCAAUACAACGAGGCCCAAAGAAAGCCUCAUGCCAGCUUGAAAAUCACUCCAACUGUAGAAAGCCAAUCGAAUCACCAGAUGGUGCUUCGCGUCUGCGGUGAAUACACUCCUCUCGACCAGGCCAAGCAGCAUACCAACAUGGUCCUCAUGGAGAUCCAGCUUCCUUCCGGCUACGAGAUUGAUGACAAUGAAUUGACCAAAAUUAAGUCCUCCGACGGGGUUAGGCUUGCGGAAACCAAGAACGAGGACACUCAGGUGAUCGUCUACUUCGACAGUUUGUAUUCGCAUCAACCGAUCUGCGUGAUAGUGACAGCAGCCCGACUCCACGCGGUGGCAGAUCAAAAAUCCUCCUACGUCAAGCUAUACGAUUACUAUAUCCCGAGCCUCAGUACCGUGGAGAAGUACGAUGUUAAAAACUCCUUUUGCGACAUCUGCAAGGGCGCCGACUGCGGCAAAGAAUGUUAAAUUUUAUGUUUUGUAUCGUUCUUCCUAAAAAAAAUAACAAUAAAACCAAUUGCCAUUAAUGAUUGCAACGAAA